GUAAAAGUAAUCAAUGAUUGCCAUAUCAUCAUUACACUCAGUCACACUGAAUGUUAACUAAAAGAAUUAGAAAUUCACAAUCACAACUACUUUUAUAAAUUUAAUGUUAAUGGUUUCAAAAUUACAAAAUAAUGGCUAGCAUUUAUGAUGAGAGAAAACCAAGUGAUCGAUCUAGGUAAUGUAUUCAUUCAAUUUAACAAAUUUUCAAUGCACAGUGUUACAUGCCUAAUCAAUUUUAUUGUUGAUAUUAAUCUAGAUGGAUAUGUAUAUAUCCAGCAUAUUUAAAUUGUAAAAAAACAUUGGCCGAAGGACGUGUAGUACCAAAAAAAUAUGCAGUUGAAAAUCCAACAUAUCAAGAAAUUCUUGAGGUAGUCAAGGCGUCUGGUUUUAACGCUGAUGUUGAAAAUAAACAGUAUUCUCGAGAAUGUAGCAAAGAAUUCGCUUUUCGUGGUCGAAUAAGAGUACAACUUAAAAAUGAUGAUGGUACACCUGUUAACCAAACUUUUCCUUCAAGUGAGUAUCAAAUCUACUAGGUUCUACUAAUAUUAGUUUCAAUUUCACCAGUCUCUUUAUAUUAAUUCUUAAUUUUAUCAUUUUACAUUAUAAUAUGUGCAAAUAAGAAUAUAAUCAAUUUAAAAUAUAUUUUUUAAUAAUAUAUUAAAUUAAAUAACUCAAUUUGAUCUAAUUGUGCUUAAUUGGAGAUGAAAGUGUGUAAAUUAGAAUAGAAUAUAAAAGAAAAUUUAGUUAAUCAACACAUUAAUUAAUAAACUAAUAACCCAAUGAAUUUAGGUAAUUAGGUAACUAAAUAAAGGUUUACAUUUGGUAAAAAAAGCAAAUGUAGGGAUAGCAAAUACCAAAUAUACCAAAAAAAUGUGAAUAAUCUUGAAAAUAUUCAGAUAAUUUAAGAAGAAAAAUUGCUAAAGAUAAGAAAUUAUUCCAAAUUCAUUCAAGGUACAAUUGAAAGAACCUGUCUUAGAAUAAUGAAGACGAAUAUAGCCACCGUGUUGGUGAGAAGGUAGGAUAUAGAGGGGAAAUUAAUUUGUAUCUGUGUACAACGAUAAACCAUUGCUUACUAAAAACGAUUCUGAGCAGAGUUCAGUUGAUAAUGAUUUUUUGUCAACAAUAUAUAUGUCAUAUUAUGAUAAUAUAAUUAAAUAGACAUUAUAUAUUUGUUUAAUAUUGUACUAAUUUUUCUGUUUUUUCACAAUUGAUGAAAAAACUCAUAGAAAAAUCAAAAAAGUUACCUCUCCUAGUACCACCCCAAGAAAAUUCCCUUUCAGAAAAAUGUCUACAUCAUCUACAUCAGAGUAAAUUUUCUGGUAGAAAGUGUUCACAUGAAAAAAUAAAAAUAAACAUCUUUGUAAAACGAAUAAAUUCAUCGCUCCACUCAGAAUCUGUAAUCAGAACACCGUGAAUACUCAGGGAAGAAUUAGACCUUUAAAAAGAAUUAGGAGUAGAUAAGUUGAUUAAAAUCAAAGACUAUCUUUAGUAUUCAAUUUAAUGAAACCAAGAACUUUUAAAGUUCCGCCUAUAGUUAUGUUUUAGGCUUUGAUGUUACAUAAUAAUGAUAAAAUUUCAAUCUUUAAUAAUAUUAUUUACUACUAAGGUAUUAAAAAGAAUUAUGGAAUGUUUUGAUUUCAGGAAUAAGUUUAAUGAAACAUUGUGGUGUACAAAUACCUAAAUUGAAAAGUCGUGUGAUGAAAGCAACUGGACCUGAACAACAUCAAAACAAAAAUGAAACUAGUGGAAACAAAAAGAAAAAAGGCCGUAAAUAAAAUAUUACAAUCCGAAAAAAUGGUUUUUUAAAAGUUCGAUGUUGUCAUGUAUUAUGUAUUAAAUUGAGUUUUAAAUGUUUUAAUUUAAUAAAUACAGUAAUGUUACAGCUUUUGUUUUAUUAUAACAGACAAUAAUAAAGUAUAAACAAAAUUAAAUGGUUUAUAUUCAUAAAUAAAUGAAUUAGUCGCAUUUUACUUUUUUACUUUGUGAUUUUAUCUGACAAUGAAUUUUUAAUUUGAAACCAGUCGUACAAUACACAUUUCAUAAUACUCCAGGCGACACAUUCAUUUAUUUUUUUACAUAUUUAUAUCAAUGAAUAAUUAAUUAAAAUAUCAGACAUUAAGCACAGGGAAAAAGUCCCUUUAAAUAUAAGUAAAAGUAUAAUUGAAUAUUUAUAUUUUACUAAUACCCAAGAAUUAAUUAAUGACGACAAAAUUACAAAUCGUCCAAGUAAGGUGUUUGGGCUAUAUUACCAUAACCAGCUAAUGUUAACUUGCUACUUGCUACUUUGCUGGCUACUUUCUUUACAUCAUCAACAGUGACUGCUUCAACAGCAGCAAUUAACUUUCCGAAAGGUAGUACUCCUCUUGCAACAACAGCUUGGUUUGUAAUAUUUUCUAAAGUUUUAGCACCAGAUUCAGAGGCUUCAACAAGUGAAUAAAUUAAUUGAUUCUUAGCCCUGUUCACUUCACUGUCAGUAAUUAUAGGCGACUUUAAACUUUGUACAGCAGCCUUUAACACUUGACUGACAUCUUUUCCAUUGUAGGCUAAGAGAAAACCAAAGAGACCAGAAUCAGAAUAGUUAAAGUUUACAGAGGACACAGAAAAAUUCUCAGUAGCAUUUGUCUUCAGAAUAUUUUGUUCCAAAACUCCUUGACCAACUCCCCAUUUUGUCGAUGAUCCUUUACCUAGCAAAAAUUCAAGUACAGCAAAUGAUGCACUUUGUGAGUCUUUAUACCUCACUCCUUCAGUUACAACAGCCAAAUAUGUAGUAUCUAUAGGUGUAGAUUUUCUUAUAUCACCACCACCAUAAUAUUUAGCUUUUGAUGCACAGUUUGAUUCACCAUUAGGUAAAUUCAAGUCUUCUGAAAUAUGUACCAAUGUGUCCAGGUCCACUCCAACACCUGAUAUAAUAGCAUUGUUAUUAUUUAGAUUCUUUUUAGCAUAGUAUAAAAGAUGUUCACUUCCCAACUUGUUGAUGUUAUAUUUAGGCAAAAAUACUGUGUUACCAAGACCAUUUCUAUAUGCAGCUUUAUGAGCUAAAUCCAAAACUCUCGAUUCUGGUGAUAUAGUCAAGAUAUCGUAUUCCAAACGUUUUAAAUUAUCAGACAAUUCCCAAGGUUUGAAUUUUUGAUUUGAAAUUGAAUCAAUAUAAUACCUUAAACUACUCAAAAGAUUGUUCUUGUGUGCUUCAAUGGUAUAAGUAAUUGCCUCACGAUCAGAUGUUACAAAGUAAUUGGCACCUAAAUGCCCCAAAUUUCGUAAGAUCGCAAAAGUGGAUGAUGAUUGUGUAGAAAGUCCGGCUGAGCUGCGUAGCAAAUGUGUAAGGCCUGUAUUUUCUGGAUCUUCAUAACGCGAUCCUGACAAAAAAGUGACAGAAAUACGUCCAAGAUUCGUUGGAUAAUUUGGAACAGCUACGACAUAAGUGUUGUUAGGUAAUUUUUUUGUUUGUAUCUCUGGUCCUCUGAUGGAUAAUGCAACUCCUUUAUUGGCGUAACAGCGUUUAACGAUAGUAUUUAUUAAGGGUGCCUUCAAUAUAGUCAUCGCCAUUUCUAUAGAUGUCCUUUGUAAAUACUAAAUUUGUGAUCUAAUAUCUGGAUACUAUUGCGGGAAAAAACGAGAUAGGACUUAGGCACUUGUGAUAAAAUAUGAUAAUCAAAGUGGAUUGACGAAAAUAAUAUAUUUCAAUGAAAGUAAUUACAAGGAAAGUAGCUGCUCUCUGGUGGUAGUGUUAAGAAAUACUAAAAUGUAGGUACCAUAGACCUAAUAAUAGAUGAUGGUAAGGUGAGGAAGUCGCUGUCCGUAUGUUUAUAUGUCUAUGGUAGGUAUCGCAUAAAAAUGUACACAAUUUCGUCGUUUACA